GAGAUGCGUCCCUCCCUCCGCCGUGACGUCGCUGUUUAGAUAAAAGGGUGCUUACAAACCUGUGUUGUUGUUUUGUUCCUCUUCUGCUAGACUCCGUGUUUUCAUCGACAGAAACGCCAUGAACCAGCUCGUCUUUCCCGUGCUCGCGGCUCUGUUCGCCGUGGGCUUGGCCGGUUUGGGCGGGAUGGUGGGGGCGCCCGCAGACGUCGACAUCAGCGAUGCGCAGGACUUCCUCGACUUCGCCGUCGUCCAACACAACAGAGGAUCCAACGACAUGUUCCUGAGCCAGGUGGCUAAAGUGAUCAAGGUCCAGAGACAGGUGGUCUCUGGGUCCUUAUACAUCAUCACUGUGCAAAUGGGCAAGACCCCCUGCAGAAAGGGCAGUGCGGAUGAAGUGUGCGCCAUCUACCAAGACCAAGCCUCUGCUCGGCCUUACAUUUGCACAUUCAAGGUGUGGAGCCGCCCAUGGCUUAAUGACACCCAGUUGGUGGGUGAGACAUGCUAGACGGAGAACUGCGAGGGAAACAUUCAGCGUUGGCAACGUUUGCAAAAAUAACCUUGAUGCAAAAGCAAUACUUUGUACUAGACAACCCACAAAUGUAUUAACAUUUCCACUUGCUCCUUUGCUUAUUCACUCUAUGUUAGAUUGAUUGACCCCUGAGAGUCGUAUUGCAUCAAAUUACAGAACAACCUAUGCAGUAUUAUAGUGCAGGUAGUUCUGCAUAAUCAUUAAAUCAAGCAAACUACAAAUAAUUGUGUGUUGAACUAUUUUGUUGUUUCAUAAAAACCUAAUAAAGAAAUGAUGAUUAAAGCUG